AUGCCCACAUUUAUUGCCAAGAUGACUGGCGGCAACACUUAUCUUACUGCUCUUCAACAAUCUGUCAUUACAGGUUUGUUGUUGGCUGGUUGUUUCGUUGGUUCUCUCUUUGCUGGUCAACUCUGUGAAAGAGCUUCUCGUAAAUUUACCAUCAUUAUCGCUUCUGGCGUCUUCUGUAUCGGCGCCGCUGUUCAAACAGGUUCCACUGGCUAUAGCAUGAUUCUUGGUGGUCGUUUCGUAGCUGGUCUGGGAAUUGGCUCACUUUCCAUGGCUGUCCCUUUGUACUUAUCCGAACUCGCCCCUAAGGAGAUCCGUGGUCGCCUUAUUUCUCUUCAACAGCUCACCAUUACCAUUGGUCUCAUGAUUGCCUUCUGGGUCAAUGUUGGUACUGAGAGUUUGACUACUGAUGCUGCCUGGAGAAUUCCUCUUGGUAUUCAAAUGGCUCCUGCUGUUGUCCUCUUCAUUGGAACCAUGUUUCUUCCUUUCUCUCCUCGUUGGUUGAUCAAGAGAGGUCGCAAUGCUGAAGCUUUGGCUGUGCUUGCCAAACUUCACUCUGCUGGUGAUGAAACCGCUCCUCAUGUUGUUACUGAAUAUGAAGAAAUCAUUGCUCAAGUUGAACACGAACGUGCCGUCUCUGUCGAUAGCUAUCUCGAGCUCUUCAAGGGCACUAUGCUUAGAAGACUCGUUUUGGGUAUCCUCAUUCAAGUUUUCCAACAAUUCACCGGUAUCAACUCUAUCAUGUACUAUGCUCCUACUAUUUUCCAACAAGCUGGUGUUCCCGGUCGUUCUGCUUCCUUGAUUGCUUCUGGUGUCAAUGGUGUGCUUAAUGUCUUUGCCACUGUUCCUGCCAUUCUCUUCCUUGAUCGCCUUGGUCGUCGUUUCGUUUUAAUCUCUGGCGCUGCCGCUAUGGGUACUGCCAUGUUGCUCUGUGGUAUUGUUAUGGCCGCUUGUGGUCGUGUUUACAACGAUCCUUCUACUGGUCAAAAUAACGUUGACUUGUCUGGCAACACCUCUGCCUCUUAUUUCUGUAUUGUCAUGGUUUACCUCUUUGUUGCUGGUUUCGCCUAUUCUUGGGGUCCUUGUGGUUGGGUCUACCCCGCUGAAAUCUACCCUCUCUCUAUCCGUGCCAAGGGUACUUCUAUCACCACUGCUGCUAACUGGCUCAUGAACUUCAUUAUCUCCCUCUUUGUCCCUGUCAUGCUUACUACCAUCACCUGGGGUACUUACAUCUUCUUUGGUUGUUGUUGUUUCGUCAUGGCUACCUGCGUCUUCCUCUUCUAUCCCGAAACCAAGGGUCGCUCUCUCGAAGAAAUGGAUAUUGUCUUUUCUGGUAGUAUCCUUGCUUUUAGAAAUGUCAAGCAGGCCGACCUCGAGUACAAGGCUAGACAAUCCGAUAAGACAGAAUCCUACGACGGUUUCACUGAAGAAAAGGCCUAA